UGCUUUUAUUUUUUUAUUUAUUGUUUUAUAAAAAUUCUUAACAGAUUCAAAAUUCUUCCUGCCUUUCUUGCUGGUUUAUAUCUGCCUGAGCAAAGUCAUUAUUUCUCUGAUUCAAACGCAGCGACUAAAAUAACAAAGACCACCAUCCUAACACCUCCACCUCCAGGUGUUACCAUGGCGGAUGUCUGCUGCUGAUGACUGUUUUCAUGCACAUCCACCUCCUUCACCUCCAUCAGACAUAAAUACUGGGGACCCACUUUGCUCCAGAGGUUUCAGCUGACAGUCAGCUAUGGAGAACCGUUCAUUCCUCCUGUGCAUCGUUCUGGCAUGUUCAAUCUGGAUGAUCCAGGGAAGAAGCGUAAAGAUCAGGAUGGAUGAUGAUGAGCUGGGAGAACCUGAUGUACAAGGGCUUCCAGGGAUGUGCUGGGGAUGCAAAUGGGCUUUGAACAAGUUGAAAAAAGAACUUGGCUCAAACUCCACUGCGGAGGCCAUUAAAGCAAAACUGAGAUCCGUCUGCGAUGGGAUUGGAUUACUAAAGUCACAGUGCCGUAAGUUUAUUAACGGUAACCUUGGAAUCCUGAUUGAGGAGCUGACGACCACUGAUGACGUCAGAACGAUUUGCGUCAACCUGAGAGCGUGCAAGCCGAAGGAUCUGGAGAUGAUCUUCGAUUCAAUCAAACAGGAAUCGCUACGCAUCGAGAUCAAUGACGUCAACUGACGACCAGAGAAACAUAAUGUAGCUUUAUGCAACUGAAAGCAUUCAAACAGCAAACAAUUAGCUUUUCUUUAACUAAAGCAAAUCUUCCGCCGAAAAGUUUUUCCCUUGAGCAAAUAAACUUGACAGUUUGA